AUGGUGUCGCCUGUUGCUCCCAUCGUCGGCAAUAUACUAACACUUAUCACUUUGCUACAACAUAUGUCACAUCAAAAUCAUAGCCUCCAAGGCAAGAUCGUCGGUAAAUUCGGCUCACUAAGGGUUGAGGUGGAGUCGGCCGAAUGCAACAUGGCGAACUACAAGGACGAUGAUGAGUCGAUGCUGGAGAUGCAGGAGUUGCUUCUAGAUAUUCAGGACUACCUUUGCGAUCUUCAUAUUCCAGAGAAAUUGGACGCCCUUUUCCUGGUUGCGACGGGGACUGAUUCCCGUGCUGAAAAUAUUGGCCGCAUCGAUUCUUUCCUAGCGAGCAUCGAUAACGUCAACAAGCGGCGAGAUGAGAGAGCUAAAGAAGCUGCAUCCAAGCCCACGAUUCUUACAUCAAUGGCAUCCAGAUCUAAGGCAGCACCUACUCUUUAUGUUCCAGAGAAAGAUCUCGAGGGCUUCACCAACAGCAAAAAAGAGUUCAUGGAUCUGAUCUCACUAGCAAAGGUAGGGCAGCUGAGGCUGAUCUCCAUUGUGGGAUGUAACGGCUUGGGAAAGACCGCCCUAGCAAGGGCGGUCUAUGACGACGUUGGUCUGCCAUCUCCAGCCACACCAAAAAACCUAGGAGAGAGUGAUAACCAGCCACCAGAGCCACUCGAAGAAAAAACCACAAAAGAGAUAUUCGAUUGCAGAGCUUGGGUUGUGGCGUCGACGUUUAACGACAUGGAGGCCCUUCUAAAUGAGGUUCUAAAAGAAUUUUGUCCCAACGCAGCCGGUGCAAACACCUCCAAAGCUUUAAACGACUACCUUGCUGAUAAAAGGUACAUGGUCGUUAUUGAUGAUCUGCAGUCAGACCGUGUACGAUGGAAGGAUAUAAAACAUGUGUUCCCUGAAAAUAACAAAGGCAGCAGAGUUAUUGUAACCACGAGUGUUCAUUCCAUCGCCAGGGACUACAGCUCUGGCUGUUACUAUGUGUACCCAAUGCAAUGCCUUAGUGAAGCAAAUUCAGAGAGCCUAUUCUGGAAGAAAGUUUUAGCCCCCAACACUAGGGGUCCUACUGUUCCCGAGGUGGAACGGUCAAAAAUUAUCUUGGCUAAAUGUGACGGUUUGCCGCUGGCUCUGGUUAGUGCAUGUAAUUAUCCAUGUCGGGCGCACAAAGACCAAUCUCUGUGUGAAGAUCGGUACCGUGGUAUGUGCCACGAACUUGAUAAUAUUGUGGCGAGCAAUGAGAUAGACUUUGAUGACAUGAAAAGAAUGUUUGUCCAAUGUUACAACAACCUGACUGACUAUGAUCACAAGAACUGCUUGCUUUAUUUGAGCAUAUACCCCAGGGGUCAUGAAAUUAACAGUAAGAGUGCAGUCAGAAAAUUAAAAGGCGAAGAAUUGGUUGCCGGAGAUGCCCUUAAAUGUUGGAAGAGAUUGAUUGACAAUAGUCUGAUUGAGCCUGCACCGAUUCGCAACAAUUGCAGUGUUGCCAAGAGGUGUAAAGUUCAGGGUAUGAUGAGGGAGUUUACCAUCAACAAGUCCAUCUCAAGAAACUUGGUCACUCUAGUUGAAGGGGACGAGGUCCGGCGUAUCCAACCUCACAGGACUGUCCGGCGACUCAGUGUUCGAUCCAGCUCCAGCAACGAAGGAGGAAGCAAUCUGAUUCCACAUGAAAUUGAAACUAAAAUGUCAACUGUCAGGUCGUUAACGGUCUUCACAAGUAACCAUCCGGGUGAGACAUAUGUCAAUGACAUCAAUUUCAGGAGCUGCAAGAUGAUGCGGGUCUUGGAUCUCGAAGGUUGCAAGGGACUUAGUUCUACUGUUGUCGAUGUCAUAUGUGAACUGCUGUUUCUGAACUAUCUUAGCCUCAGGAAAACUGAUGUGAACGAGCUUCCCACAAAAAUGAAGAAGCUAGAGCGUUUAGAGACGCUGGACAUUCGACAGACAAGGGUGGCAAUAUUGCCUGUGGAAGUCAUCAUGAUGAAAGAUUUAGCUCGGCUUUUUGGCGAGUUUCAGCUACCAGCGUUAGCUGACGCAGAAAAAGAAGCUCUUACAAACUUCCUCAAGCAGUAUAGUAAACUGCAUACUCUUGCUGGCAUCGUUAUCAACAAUACACAAGGUUUUGAGAUUAUACAGCACGCAAAAAAUCUGAAGAAGGUUAGAAUAUGUGGCAACAAGGAUGAUAGUUUUGCUGCUUCCGCCCCUACCGGCUCCAAGCUCACAUCUUUCUUAAGCAAGAAGAAGAAUAAGAAUACUGAUGUUGCUGCUACUUCCGCCCCAAUAUCCCCACCUUCCGUCCGUAGGGAUAAGACCCCCUUUUGGUCUGGAAUUUUUUCCAAAGCUGCAAAGCCGACCUCCAAAGCAUGUUAUAUCAACAAUAAGUUGGUAGAGCAGACCCCGCCAAGUACCAGGCCCAAUGGUGAGUGGGUCGCCGGCGCCGCCACGCAGAGGGAAUCUAAAAGGGCUAAAAUAUCACCUGGAGUUUUGGCCUCCUUGGUCUUCUCUCUUCAGAAGCGUUCAACCGCUCUGCACUCUAUAUCCAUUGACUCCGCUGGUAUCAGCAACUUCUUUCUUGCUUCUAAUUCAAAGCCUCGCAUUGCCAAAUCCAUCAAACUACGGGGACCAUUGACAAGUCUGACACCUGGUACACUGAAGGACCUCCGUAAUCUCAGAAAACUGCACCUCAUCGAAACCGGUCUCAGCAGCCAAAUAUUGGUGGAAGCCCUGCAAAGCUUGGAAUGCUUGGAAUAUCUCAAGCUCGGCGAGGAGGAUCGCUCUGGAGCUUGGAACGGGGACUUCUCAGUGCAAAGUGGUGGAUUCUCAGCCCUCCGGGACCUGUGUUUCGAGGGUGCAAAGCAGUAUCCACGGUUGAAGAUCGCACAAGGAGCCAUGCACGUCCUCACCUCUCUUCAGCUGCUUUGUGAGAAAUCUCCGCCUCUGAUGGGAGUUGACGGCAUAGAGCAUCUUACAUGUCUCGACGAGGUCAUACUCCACUAUUCUGCAGAUGAUGCAACGGUACAAGCGUGGAAAGAAGCAGCAAGCGAGCACACCAACAAGCCGUGUGUGAAGAAGCAACCAAAUGCAGAUGAACCUAUCAACAAUACAACAUAA